AUGGCGACACCGCCGGAUCAGCAGAUCUCUCCCACGAAGGAGCAGUGGGACCAGCUAUGUCAAGACGUGAAGAAGAACUUGACGGAAGAGAUGGGUUCGGAGACUUGGUACUUGAUCAUCGCCACAGCCCUGACCGUCUCUCCUCGGCCACACCUCCUCGCGGACUUCUGGACACACAUCACCACGCACGACCCGUCCUUCGGCACCGCAGACUCUCGAUCUCGUCUCUCGACACGACUGGGGGACACGCUGAUCAAGCAACUCACGCUGUCCGGUGCGCCGCAGGUGCUCAGCGCACUCAUACCGCUUGCAAAAGCGCAAACGCAAACACCCUCCUCUUCCUCCUCGGACGGACAGAGACCGACAGAAGAAGGAGAAUUGGACAUCGAGGCAUGGUCGUCCCUGUCGCUCCCGGACCUACACGCCCGUGGCAUCGAGACGAUAACGUCCAUCUACGGAACGCUGUGGCGGCGGAUCUUCGCCACGUUCGGGCCCUACCGCAAGGACAUGGGCCUGCACGAACUCGGCGUCGUCUACGGCCUGUACCUGUCCGACUUCACGCACCUGUCGCCCCUCGAGACCGAGACGGUCGCGUACACGAACAUCACGUGCCAGGGCCUCGCGGGGCCGAGUCUGUGGCACGUCCGCGGCAUGGGGAGGGUGCUCGGGGCGAGAGGCACCGACGAGGCGGACGCGAGGGUCGCGCGGGCCAAGGACGUCAUUCGCGGCGUCAAGGUCGCCGUUGCCACCGCGGUGGAAUUCGUCGGCGACGACUUCGUCAGGAGAAGCAGGCUCGACGGAGGCGCGGACGGGACCCAGGGGUGGCCCAACGUAGGUGACGUCUCCAGAGAUCUGGGUGGGUGGGGAGAAGACGAUGACAUUUCGAAGACGACGAACGCCGAAGAACGAACCACAUAG